GCUGCCGGCAGCCGACGCUGAUUGGCGGAGGGUUACCCGGGCCGCAUGGCGGCGCAGAGCUGGACUGAUUGGCACGAAACGGCCACUCCAGAUGCUGCUCGAGCUGCUGUAAAUUGGAGACACAAGGAACUGGAGUUGGAGCAUCAUGACUACAACAAUGUUUAGUGACGAUGGUUCGAAGGCAAUAGAGCGGUCCACCGAUGUUUUUCAAACAGGCAGCAGAACCGCGGCCAGUGAGAUAAAUGAAGUGCAUGAGAUUGCGAGAACCUGCAACUUCAUCAAAAAGCAUGCCUUUAAAAGGGUGGCCCUUCAAUUUCCUGAUGAACUUCUCUUCGAUGCUUCUGCCAUUAUAUCCAUAUUGGAGAAAAACACCAGUGCCAAGCUUUUCGUAUUGGGUGACACUUCAUAUGGCAGCUGCUGUGUGGAUGAAGUUGCUGCUGAACACCUUGAUGCUGACAGUAUAAUACAUUACGGAAGAGCAUGCCUCAGUCCUACCAGAAGGCUCCCAGUAAUGUAUGUGUUUGGACAAAAGUCUAUUGAUCUGCAUCAAUGUGCAGACUCUUUCCGAGUACUCUACCCAGACAAGUUUACACCCGUUAUCAUUCUGUGUGAUGUCAUCUACUCCCACGCACUUGAAGACCUACAGCAGCUACUUCAACCAGAAUAUGAAAACCUUGUUGUUUCGGCAGUUUGUUGUUCUAGAAAUGAAACAACUGAACCCUGCAGUGUUGAUGGCCUUCAUGAUGAAAGUGAAGUUGAUGUCCAGAAAUCCUGUAACCGUGCAAGCGAUGAGCCAAGCCUUCAAGUUAUUAAUAAGUUUGGCCGACAAUUUACUCUUCAUGAUGCCAGGAGUGUGGAUGACUACAAUAUGUUCUACAUUGGACAAGAGAGUCUAACGUUGACAAAUUUUAUGAUGACUUGGAAUCAGUGUUCAUUCUGCACAUUUGAUCCAGUGAAAGGAGUUGGGAGGCAUGAAGCUGUGAAUAUUAACAAGGCUUUAAUGAAGCGAUACUACAUGAUCGAAAGAGCCAAGGAUGCUCAAGUUGUGGGAAUUCUAGUUGGAACUCUAGGGGUUGCUGACUAUCUCUCUACUAUUGAUCAUCUUAAAUGGAUUAUCAAACAGUCUGGCAAAAAGAGCUACACCUUUGUAAUGGGUAAAUUGAAUGUUGCCAAGUUGGCUAAUUUCUUAGAGGUAGACAUAUAUGUGCUGAUAGCUUGUCCAGAAAACUCUCUGUUGGAUUCCAGUGAAUUUUAUAGGCCAGUUAUCACGCCAUAUGAGAUGGAGGUUGCUUGCAAUCAAGCAAGGAAAUGGACUGGAGAGUACGUUACUGACUUCAGGGACCUCCUUCCAGGUGGUUGCUGUCAUGUUCAACUUCCAGACGAGAACUUCAAAAGUGAAGAGACCGAUGUCUCGCUAAUAACUGGAUGCCUUCGAGCAACCCAGCUGCAGAAAUCUGAGGAGCAGAACAAAGCGUCCAACACAGCUUUGAUCCCUCGGAAUGAUGCCCUCGCAGUUACUCAGUCGCACUCAGCUGCCUCAUUCUUAGCAACUCGGAGCUGGAGGGGAUUGGAGCAAAACCUUGGGGAGACACCCGUGUCAAAAGCAGUGCAAGGACGGAAAGGGAUUGCAAUCGCCUAUGAGGAAGAGGGCACAGGUUGAAGCAAUUGGAACCAUGGACUUUGGCAAAUGUGUGCACAAGUGAACAGUAAUCUAAUUUAAGGAAUAAAGAGACAAACGAUGUUGGUCACAUUUGAAAGCAAAUCCAUCUCUAUAAUAUUUCCAUGAUUGUCUAUGACUCUCCAGACAUUGGAGUCUCUCAAUACAAAAUCAUGAUUAGUAAUUCCCUGCUGUGAGCUAUAUCUAGCAACAACCCUUGAAUACGAGAGGCUGUAACAAAUUUGUUAAUUUUGAUUAAAUCAAAUUGAGCUCGAAAAUAUUCUCCGAGUACAAAGUUACAUCAUAAAAUAUUAUUUUGUUUUAUAAAUCAACUAAUCAAAAGAUUCAUUGAAGCUGAAUAGAGAAUUUACUGAUAUCAGACUAAAUGCUAUGAAUUGGUUAGACCUGCUGGACUGUUUUGUGCAACAUACUCUCAAUAACAUGGAAAAAAAAUGUUCACUGAAUGAUUCAAGCUAUAAUGUACAGUCUUCAUCAAAUAACGAAUGAAAAAAUUGGACUCAAUUUAUAAGAAAGGGUUCAUCUGUGGAGACUGAAUGUUAGAACUCAUGAUUUCUGAUAUCUCUAAGUCACUUUCUCAUCGACAUCAUUGUGAUGUAGAGCAAACCACCAAGUGCUGGAGGAACUCAGUGGGUCAAACUGCUUCUGGGGAGGGAAUGGACAGGCCACAUUUUGGGUUGGGACUCGUCCUUGAACUAAAAAAGGGUCCCGACCUGUAACAUUGCUCAUCCAUUCCUUUCCCAGAUGCUGCUGACCUAAGUUCCUCCUGCACUUAGUGUUUUGUUCAAGAUUCCAGCAUCUGAAGUCUCUUGUGUGUUUCCAUCAUUGUGAUGUAUUUAGUAAUAAGGGCAGCUUGGACCUGUUUGGUGCAUUCACUUUACGAGUUAAAAAUUUUAACUCUGUAAGGAUGCAAUGAUUUUUGAAAGAAAUCAAGGACGGGGAAGGAUUUGGAAGCUAUUCAAAGGGAAUGCAACAAGAUGGGGAGGGUGGGGGAGUUAUGAACUGGAAGUUCAUUAACUUAAAUUAAUUGUAAAUAAUUUAAAAAUAAGGGAAGCCAGUGAAAAAUAAGAUGGGAUGACAGACGACAUUGGUUUAAUACGUUUGAAUCUUCCACAUUCUAUACUCCUAAGUUUAUAACAAAAUUAUAUUGGAGAAAGGGGAGUCCAAAGACAAUAGUCACUAGUGUUGAUGGUGUAGAUAAGUUGCAAUGGUGGAGAUGAGUGCAGGUUAAUAUGGGGCAGAGGAUUGGAUACAGUUAGUGCAGUCUGGGAAUUUUCUCACUCAUCAGUUUAUGAGCAGCAAUUUAUUGGUUUAAUCGUACGUAUGGAGGAGCUAAUGUUUUUAGUAUCAAGUAUUGCGCCUCACCAAUGACAAUGAUAGCACAGAGAUGAUUGUGUGAAAUCUUGUCAAUAUCAAAGCUGACUCCAUAUCAAUGUAUUUUGCAAAUAUCCUGAAGAGAAUAGUUUUGAAAUAUUUGCUCCCCAUCUUAACUGGAGCUAUUUGUCACUAAUGAUGAAUUAUUGUUUGACCCCGAGAGAUGUUAUAGAUGUAAUCAAAUGGUAAUUAUGUUUUAAUUUACAAUACAUACAAUAAUGACUGAUUGUUUGGAUGCUUUAUGGUUUUCAUUUUUUUAAUUAAAAAAAAAUUCAAUUA